GCACAAAGAGCCCGACUGGAGGCACUCGCAGUUGCAAGUGUCCCUUGGAGGCUGUGGCAGGCUCCCUUGCGCUCCCCACACCUUCAGCCACUUGCCUGGAGCAGUGGGAGUUCCAGCAGGCUUUGACAAGCAGCUGUAGGCUAUGAGCUGAGACGUACCACAGCAUAAGGCUGGCUUAAAAAAACAGUUUUCAUGCUCCUGUGUAAACAAGAUCUUGGUGUCAAGAUGGCCGACCUGGAAGCCUACUUGUAGCUCGUGAUACUUAUGCUAAUGAGCUACAUGUCAGUGGCUUACUCAGAGGAGGAAGCUCAUUUUGCACGUGCUGCCGCCUGGCCAGGGUCAAGAUGGAUAGCACAGAUGAACCUCAGAAAAAAAUCUUUAAAGCGCGAAAAACAAUGAGAGUAAGUGAUCGACAACAACUUGAAGCUGUUUAUAAGGUUAAAGAGGAGCUGUUGAAGACAACUGAAGUUAAACUGUUAAACGGAAAACAUGAGAAUGGAGAUUCUGAUUUAAAUUCACCUUUAAGCAAUACAGACUCUGUGGAGAUCAGGAGGGAAGUAAAUGGCGUAGUGGACUUGUGUGUUAACUCUGAAGAAGGACGAACGGCUUCUGAUGAAAUUAAUGAAGCCAAAAGCCCUGAAAGUCGGGCAGGGAACGUAGUCAAUGACAUGGAAUCCAAACUUCUAGCACAGUCUCCAGACAAUGUUACUCCUGAGCAAGAUAAAGAUCCUGAUACUGCUUUAGCUUGUGAGGCUGACAGUGGUGUGCUUGGUAGCAAUAAAGAUAACUUCCAUGAAGAAAAUAAUACAAAAGAUCAUUUGGACCAAAGAGAGAGUGAGAUCCCAUCAGAAGGUGAAAGUAAAUCAAUAUGUGAUAUUAGUGAGUCUUCUGAAGAGAAGAGGGAAACAAAUGACUUAACUGUUAAUUCCAGUUCACCUGGUGAGGAAAAGAGGACUGAGGAAGUAACUGCUGAAGAUGCUGUUGGAGAAGAAACCAUCUCUAGCAGUAUGGAAGCUGACCAGGAACCAAAGGACAAACAAGACAGCACUGCAGGUCUUUCAGAAACCAGUGUUCAGAAGACAAUAGAUGAGCCAAGUGGGAGUAUCUUGGACAAUACUGACUGUAUGGAAACAGAUGAAAUUAUUCCAAUUUUGGAAAAACUAGCUCCUGCUGAAGAUGAAUUGAGCUGUUUUUCUAAAAGUUCUCUGCUUCCAGCGGAUGACACAAUUCCAGAUCUAGAAGAGAAAAUGGACAGCUGUUUGGGCUCACCAUCCAAGCAGGAAAGCAAUGAAAGUCUUCCAAAAGAGGCUUUCUUAGUACUGUCUGAUGAAGAGGAUCCCUGUGAUGAGAAGGAGGAACAUGCUGAAGUGAUAUUACCAAACAAGACAAGUCUUCCAGAAGAGGUGGAGGAAGAGACAAGAAAAGAGAGUGAGGAGGAUAAAGAAGAGGAGGCUCACAAAGAAGAAGAGAAACACACAGAGAAAAGUGAGGUGUCAAGGAGAAAACGUUCCAAAUCUGAGGACAUGGAUAGUGUUCAUUCUAAACGUCGUCGGUACAUAGCAGAAGAUUAUGAAGCAGAACUCCAAGUAAAAAUUACAGCCAGGAAGGAUGUUGACGAGAAAUUACAAAAGGUUAUCCAGAGACUGUUAGAAGAGAAACUUACUGCUUUACAGUGUGCUGUAUUUGACAAGACUCUGGAGGACUUGAAAACCCGAAUAGAGAAAGUAGAAUGUAACAAGAGACAUAAAACUGUGCUUACUGAACUACAGGCUAAAAUUGCUAGAUUGACAAAGCGGUUUGGAGCAGCCAGGGAGGACUUGAAGAAAAGACAGGAAAAUCCACCAAAUGCACCUCUGUCCCCAGUGAAAGCAGCAAGUGACACUGCAAACACAAACAGUGCAACUUACCGAAAUGCUGGCACAGUGAGACAGAUGCUGGAAUCAAAGAGGAAUGUAGGAGAGAGCACACCAGCAACUUUUCAAGCCCCUGUGAAUGCAGUGCCAGCUUCCAGUCUUGCUGCUCCUCCAGCAGUUGUCAGUGGACAUUCUAAGCCUCAGACUCCAGUGACCUCCACCAGCUCUUUGACAACAACAGUUAUUCCCGCAGCUACCGCAGCUACGGUUGUGGGCACUAACCAAGUGCCCAGUGGCAGCACUCAGUCAGUGUCUGUCUCAUUACAGUCUUUGCCUGUAAUCUUGCAUGUACCUGUUGCAGUGUCAUCCCAGCCUCAGCUCCUGCAAGGCCACACUGGGACUUUGGUAACUAACCAGCAGUCAGGCAACGUUGAAUUUAUAUCCGUACAAAGCUCAUCUACAGUUGGUAGCCUUACCAAACCUACAGUGUCUUUGGCAUCAACUAACCCAACUAAACCAAAUAACAGCCCGUCUGUGCCCAGUCCUGGUAUUCAAAGGAACUCUCCAGCCAGUGCUGGGUCAAUAGGCACAACAUUGGCAGUACAGGCUGUUUCUGCUGCACAUCCUGUUGCCCAGGCCACAAGGACUACUUUGCCCACAGUGGGUACUUCAGGACUUUAUAAUGCUACCAGCAGUCGAGCUCCCCUACAGAUGAAGAUUCCCCUUUCUGCAUUUAGUAGUACAGCUCCCAUUGAACCACCCACCGUUACAGCGCCCAGAGUUGAAAACCAGACAAGCAGGCCACCAACAGAUACUUCGGCAAACAAGCGAACUGCUGAGGGAACACCACAGUUGAAACAGGAAGAGACUUCAUCAGAAAAUAAAGAAGCGGUAGAAGCAGCACAGACGAAUUUUAACUUCCCCGAGGAUGUCCUCUUUGGCUUGGAGGAAGAGGAAGAGGAUGCUAAGAGCAUCAAAAACACCCACAAGCAGACUGGCUGGGCAGCUAACUUAUUAAAACAAUGGCUGGCCAAAAAUGGCAAGGAUCCUAGCUUUGAAUUGGUCCCAGUAAGUGAACUCAAUGAUAUCUUAAGAGAGUUUUAUUACACAGUAAGGAAUCAUGAUGGAAAUACCUACAGUGUGGCAAGCUACAAGUCAAUGCGUGCUGGCUUAAACCGGCAUCUCAAAAUGCCACCUUAUAAUCGUCAGAUUUGCUUAAUGAAGGACAAAGAGUUUGCUAGUGCAAACAUGGUAUUUGUGAGCGUGCUGAAGAUGCUGCGCAUGCAGGGGAAGGAUGAGACUCACCACCAUCCUCCUAUAGCUGCUGAGGACUUGCGUAAGAUUAAACAAUCUGGUGUGUUGGGAUUGCACAGUCCACUGGCACUCGUCAACAAGGUGUGGUUUGAUUUGCAGUUGCAUUUUGCCAAACGAGGGAGGGAAAUUUUAAGAGAUCUGGCUCCAGAUGCGUUUGUUGUUGAGAAGGACAAGAACGGGCGUCGGUACGCUAUGUUUAGGUAUCCUGGCAAAGGAAAAAAUGGAGAAGAUCCUCAUAAAAUGGGUAAAAUGUAUGAUAUGCCAGGGGACCCAAACUGUCCUGUUUUCUCCUUGGAGCUUUAUUUGUCUAAGUUGCCUCCAGAGCCCCCUGCCUUUUACCUGCAUCCUUUAAAGCUAACCUCAGAGCAAAUGCAAGAGCAGCCUGUCUGGUACAAAAGAGAACCGAUGGGUGUGAACUACUUAGGUACCAUGAUGCCCAGGAUAAGUGUGGCAGCCAGGCUCUCUCAACGAUAUACCAAUCAUUCUCUCCGAACUACCACCAUCCAGCUACUGUGUGAAGCAGGACUGGGGCCUAGAGAAAUAAUGGCAGUGACAGGCCAUCGCUCCGAGUCUGCUAUUAGACACUACUGGGGAGCUGCGGAAGUUCGCUACAGGGCUUGGUCAGAUAUAAUGGAGAAUAACUCCCCCAAUUACCUAUUUAGCAAGAUCCCAAAUGAAGUGAUAAAAGAACCGCUAUCUGGUGCCUCCACCUCUUCUAUAAACCAUGUUGUUCUAGAACAAAGGAAAAUUUUAUUCCCUAAGAAAUCUGUGGUGCCACCUGACACCAAUUCUGUGACUUUAGUCCCUGAGGGACACCCAGCUCUGAAACCCAAAAGCCCUGUCUUGUUGAACCACAGUUCUUCCAAGGUGUUGCUCCCCAAGAACGUGGCCAGUGGGAACCUAACUGUCAGUCCCCUUCAAGGCUGUUGUAACGAAACUGUCUUUAUAAAGCGUGUGAUAAAACAAGAACCAAUGACUUGAUGCUUCUGUAAUGGAACUGAUUUCAAAUGAAUUGCUAAAAUGGAAAAAUAAUCAGAUUUGUUUUUUCACUUGGUCUACUAACGAAAUUUCUUAUGGUCUAGUUCAGCAAGAAGUAUCCUGUUCGCACUCCUGAAGUGAGCUAUGGAACAGAAACUUAAACAGAGCAGGGCUUGGAGUUUGUAUGACUUUUUGUGGCAGCUGGGACUCUUUAAGUGGCUGAGCAGAGCUAUUUUAAAAAAAUGAAAGGGAGAUAUUGAUUUCCACUUAGCUGAAGAGCUAUGCUUUCUUCGCUAAGUGCAUGGCUUUUACAUUUUGUGAAGAGUGUAUUUAUUAUACCGAUUGUGCCUGCUGGCACUGAUGUAGCAUCUUACAAAUCAAAUACUUGAUUACUGAAGAGCAUGGAGAAAGUAGAAGCUCAAUGAAAUAGACACAGAUACACUACAAAUAUAUACAUAUGCAUGAAAACACCUGGAAUUGCUUGACCACACUGUCACUCUCUGUUCAAAUUGUUACCAGACCUACCAGAGGAUUUUGCUAUUUUUUUUCUUUUCUUUUUUUUAAAAAAAGCCGCAACAUUCUUCAGAGUUGAUUUUCUCUGUGAGCCGUACAGUUGAUUUUUCUCUGUGAGUCCUGUAUUGCAGGCCUUUCCUUUUCCAAUUUAAUAUUUCUGGCUAGGAUUUCAGUCAUUCUGUUCUCCAAAGGCAUUAUUUGAUACAAAUGAUACUAAAAUUAGGAUCUCUUCAGUUGUGCAUGAAAUGGGGAAAACGUUCUCAAAAGAGCUGAGAAAGGUUUAUUGCUUAAAAGGCAAGUAUUUAGAGUUGAAGUGUUGACUCUGUGCUUAUCUUGUGAGAGAAUUUUUUGUAUUUCCUCUCACCUACCUCUUCCAUCACAUUUCACGUUGUCUUUGCACUAUAGUCUUUGUCAGUACAGUAUAAUUCACAAGAAGCACAUCCUGUUCUUCCCCACCAAACCCUAUCCAAAUACUAUUUGUGGUUUUAACUUCUUUAGAUUAGUUCACUACAGUAAACUGAUCCUAUCAUUACAUUCUCCAUAGGAGGUUUUUACAGGGUAGAAAUUCUCAGGAUAGUGGAUGUGAAUUUUGUCAGAGAAACGAGACUGUAGUUUAAAAGGCUGUUUAAUGAAGAAAAAUUACAAAUUACAAAAAUUACAAAUGAGGAGGGCUAGUGGUAGUUAAUUUUUAAUGAAUCACACUUGAGUAUCUAACUCAUGGUUUGUCUCUGCUAUUCUAUGCCAUGAUUUUCACCAGGAUUCUGACAAAUAGAGAAAUUUUUCUGUAAAUAAAAAUGGAUAACUGGUCAUCAGAUCACAAAUUAUGGUAGGUCCGCUUUGGAAGAAGAAACAGUGUAGCAUUUACAACUGGUUUCUAUCAUAUUGACCGAAUGAAAUAAGAUUGGUUUCUAUCCCUUUGAAAUGCAUGUGUAUAUGUGUGUGCACACAUGCACCCACAAACACAGUUCAUCACGCUGUGCACUUCACCGGAAGUGUCUGUGUUGCUCAGCAGUGGGCAAAAUAGAGAAAAAUCCCUGCUGAGAUGACAAAUUGGCAAUGAUAAACUCUUAAUUUUAUGGAGAAUUUCCUUGCUGGGAAAGACUUUCAAAUAUUGAAUGAGAUUCAUCUCUUUGUUAUAGUCUGAACAGCAGACUUGAUGCCUGAACUUUGGAGUUUUUGUCUUGGCUGAUAAUGUUUCCCUUUGUGGCCUUGGGUAGGUUAUUCGUACUUAGAGCAUCACAUUUCCAGCACAGAGUGUUCCAUGUUUCUGAUGGAUCAUGUUAAAGACUAAAAGGUUUAGAAAGUGCUGUAUUUAUCUUGCAAAUUGUGUUUACAGUCACUUUUAUUUGCUGUUGUUAUAAUGAUUGAGCUAGUUGAUCAGAUAUAAUUGUUAAUAUAAAAAUUACUUCUGCACAAUCCUACACUUUCUUAGUUGCAGCAUUAACUUAUGACAUCAAUGAGUAGAGGAAGGAAAUCAUGGAUCCAGAACUUCAAUUUUGUCAAGCUUAGUUGGAAAUGGUAGAGAAAGUAAUCCUUUCUAAUAGCCAGAAAGAAGAAAAAUCAAAAAAACAAAGGGCAAACAGUUCUCAAAAUUUAGAAUAUGUCUAGGAUAAUUUAAAGUAACAUAGAUUUCCAAAUUUUAGGGAUUCAUAGAAUUCAUUUAGUGGGACUGGCAAAUCUAAUUUCUUGUUUGAAGUGAUUUACUCUAAACUUUCACCAAGAUGGGUAUGUAUUGUUUUUUACCCCCCAAAAAAUAUUCCUGACUUUGUCUCAAGUAUUUCUUUAUUCUAGCAUACUGGCAUUGAACAUUCAUCCUGCAGCAACAAGAAAAGUAUGUUGCCAGGAGAUGAUUCUUUUCUGUUCCCUCUUGCUGCAUACUGUGGUCAUACUGACCACAUGCCCUGCUCUGGUCCUAAUUUCAUUUAGGUAACUCACUGUAACAGCCUAUUGCUAAUUGUUUCAUUCCUUGACAUAAAUCUAGUUGGUGAUUUAAGUUGAAAAAGGGACUCUUUCGGCCAAUCUGGGCAUAUGUCUGAUUCUUUUUAAUUAUCAUUUGGCUUCUAACUUGGCUUCCAUUCUGUUGGCUCAUAAUUGGAUAUUUUUGGCUUCUCAUUUGUUAAAUUCCAAUUGUGUUGGCACCAAACUAUACGAUGUCCUUUUACAACCUUCAGUUUGAACCUGAUACUUCAAAGCUACUGACUGCAGUAUUACUGGCUUUUUUAUUUUUGUAUGUGAGAAAAAGCAUUCCUGGUUUGGGCUGGAAGUAUUAUUGCUUCACAGUAGGUGGAUUCAGUGUUCACUAAGUUUUCUGCUAAUAUUUGAAUUAAUUCUAACUAACAGAAUUUAUUUCUAACCUUCCAGAACUUGAAAAAUAUUUCUCCUGUUGCCCCUCCCAUCCAAAGUGUUAAAUGAAUCUUUCCUAUAUGUGUUUCCUUUCUGGAAAAUCUAAAGUAGAAAAAGAAAAUGGGUGUUUUGCUGCUUUUGAAAAGUGAACCUUGGCUCUGUGUACAGUAAUAGGGGCAGCAGAGGGUCUUUUGUUUUAAGCUGUGAGAUAAAAUUUCAAGUCAGUCCUGUUAAUUGCAGUACAGGUUAUGUUGUGUGAACAUCAUGAAUUCUAUCAAAACCAACAUGAAUUGGACUCCUUAAUGGCAAUAUCAGCAGAGAACCUCAAACAGCAGGAUAACUGAGUGUCUUUUUUCCUUCCCCCUCCCCCCCCUUUCCAUUAUGUUUCCAUUAUAGGUAAAGCUUGUUGGUGAACCAACAGGUUAGCUACAUUUUGUUUGUCUAAACUUAAAUUUAGACUUUAGCUGUAAACAUAAUACAAAAUUGUUAAUCUAAAUCAUUUAAAAUUAACUUUAAAAACCUGAAUGUAACAAAUAUACUUUGAAAGAAAUUUAUGAUCUUUUGCUCUUAAAUUUUCUAAUUAGGCCUUUUCCUAAAAUCAGAAUAUUUCAAUUGAACAAAACCCAGCACUUAGCUGUAACCAAGUCAACUAAACUUUUUUUUUUUAAUAAUGGCUGCCAUUUCAUUGAUUAAAUUCCAUUUCCUUUGAUGGAGAUGACUCUGAAAACAGUGGGAAAUGACUGACUGGAACCUUUUACAGUACAUCCAUAUAUUUAGUUAUAUAUUUAGUUUUGCAUCUCAUUUUCAUAGUGAAGCUUUGGUGCUGGUGCUGUGAAUCUGGAACUUAAGUUUUCUGUGCUUUUUCCUGGUAAGUUUGGAAAUCUCUGCUGUUACUUCCAGGAGUACUGCAAUUAUUUUUUAUUAAGUUGGCACAGUAUCUUACAACAUAUUAAUUUUUUUAUUCUUUUAUUGCUAUUUAAGUAAUUCAUCCCCACUGUAAGGUACUGUGAUCUACACUGUGGGAGGUCUAGAAGGUAAAUAUUCUUCACUAUAUGCACUUUUUCUGCGCCCCCUGAAGAGCUCCAAUGUGCACAAAUGUACACAAAUACUGUAAGGCAUUGGAAUGAUGCUUUGAAAUUGAAUGUAUUCUUGGCUUUGUUGUGUGUUUUAGUCUGGUACAUCUCUUUGUUAUUUUGAGCUAUACAACUCUCAAUAGUUGCAUACUGUUCAGGUCAGUAUAGUCAAAGUUUUCAGUAAGCAGCUUGGGCACAUGAUUUUGCUGUAUGACUGCUGCUACUUUUUCAGCCUUCCUCUGCUUCUUGCUCCAAAAAGAAUGGCCACAGGGAUGUGGGAGGGGGCAUCUUACUGUGUUUGUGUUAGUAUCUCAACUUCCAUUUUUUCCUGGAUACACAGAAAUUUAAGAGUUCUUACUCAGUCCCAGUCAUUUUACCAACAGCUGAUCCAGUGCCUCAGGUCCUACAAUUGCAUUUCUGAAGACAUGACAAGCACUUUUAAUGUAUUGGAUAAAUAUUAUUGUUACAGAGGCAAUGGCAUUUUUAAUUAUAUAAAAAAUCUUUAGAAUGGUUUUUAAGUAUUUUAUUAUGAAUCCCAGUUACAGAUACGGGAUUUACAUAUAUUAUAUAUAAUAUAUAAAUAUAGCUAUGGUAUACUGAGGGGAGUCUAUGAAAGCAGCUUUUAUUAUGUUGUUACAUAAAAUAACAGUGAAAAAAUUUGAAUGGGGUUGGAUGUGUUAAAAAUAGCUGGCAUAAAGUCAGUCUGUCAAGAAUGAUUAUGUCAUGUUUAUUAAAACACCAGGUCAGGUGAAUAGUCUUUUCUUUCCUGUUCCCCACUGCAGAUGCACCUUAUCCUCUAUGGAGUAAAUAUUUUUUUCAGUCUAAAUUUCAUCUGUGCAUUUCACCUUUUCAGCUAGUACUGUUUUUUUAAAAAGAAAAACAACACAAAAAUCCACCAGUGUCUUAUCCAUUUCCCAUUGUUUCUGACAUGCCUUGAUUUGUUCGGUUGAACUACAGUUUAACUUAAGCUAUUUUGCUGACUGUUGGAAAUUGACCUGGUAAAAUGUUAAUAAAGUACACUUACAACUCCUAUCCCUCUACUUUGCAAUGUGUAGCAAACUUUGUGAAUGUCUGUUGGGAAACAAUGUGAACAAAGUGGAUAUGUCAGCGUACAAUUUAUAAGCAGCUCUUAAAUCUAUAUUGUUGAAGCAUUAUUGAUGAAUAUGUUUCCUUGCAUUUCAUGGUUUUGUCACUGAAAAUAAACAUGCAUAAUUAUAUAUGUAAAACAGGAUAUUUGAUUUUUGUCUCUGACCCUGGGGUUAUGUUUGUGCUGUUUAAAAUGCAACUAGCUCUCCUCUGUGAGGUGGAACCUUUGCCUGCGACUAAUUAGAAAUAGCAGGAGGACAGUUUGAAAGUCAUACGAGAAUGGAUUCACUUAAAUUUUGUUCCUUACAACAGCCACUCAGUUCAGCUACAUGACAUCCUGGUGGGAAUAUUUCAGAUAAUUUUUUUUAAUUCAUUUUUUGAAGUGGUUUGUUAUUCCCUGAGACCAUAGCUGUGUUACCUAAACCACCCUUAGUUACUGAGAGCAGCUUUCAAAAAGUAAAUAUACUUCUGAUUUGUAGGCUCCAAUUUGUCAUUUUAGAGCAAAAAAUUGAGAGGAAUAUUAAAACAAUCUAACUGAUGAUAUCAUUACAUCAGACAUGGAUAAUAGUUUUUAAAAGCUACAUUAAGAUAAUAUGAAAAGUACUGUAAAUAAAAUAUAUUUAUUGGUUACUAAGAUGAUCUUCCAUCAUCCAGGAUGGCCAUCCCACAUAAUAUUGCUGGGAAAUUCUGAGUGGGCUUUGGGGAGACAAGGUAGAUGUUUCACCUUAAAAGAGUAAGAACCAGUAAAGGGAUGUGUGUGUGCGCAUGUGUGCACGUAUGUGUUUAUUAUAUACCCUUUUAACUGUUUGAUAAAGGAAAAACAAAAUCACAGCAGUAGAGAAAUACUUUAGGUAUUGUGUCAAGUGUUCCUUUAUGGCUUUUGGUUGGAAUUAUGAUUGCUAGGGCCUAAAAUCAGCAUUUUGGGCAAUCAGUGUCUUAGCCUUCUUGAUUUAUGAUUCUUAUUAAUAGGGGUAGCAGAACCAACAUCUACUCUUUGCACCAGAGAAAUGAGAGGGUAUAUAAUACAUAGGGGUUUCUAAGACUGGUUAUUCACUUUUUCCAUGCUUGCAUCAUUCUUGUUCUUUAGGAGGUGUUGCACAGUACUGAUUCAGAGUAAGGGGAACACGGCAAUCUUGUAAAUGCAAAAUGUAAAAUGUCUGUUAAUAGUGUUUGAGUAUUAUACAGGUAUGCAGCCACACACUAUCAAAACAUGUAUUGCAGCCCUCUGAAAUUUUGUUUGUGCAAACUGUGAUCUCAGUAAAACGCUGACUUCAUUGUGUUAUCAUUCACCUUUUUAUCUUGGUAAGAGAUGACAAAUACCUGGUCAAGUAAGUUUUCGUGACAGCUUUGCAAGGCUGGAAUAGUUAAUUCAAUUUUGUGGGAGUUACUUCAUUGGAAAAAAUAGCGGUUAAUGAGGAAUAAGUCUUGACAUUGAAGCAGUUAAUGACUGAAAUAUGCUCCAAAAGUAUUAAAAAAUAAUUUCCACAGCUGCUUAGAUUUAUGUUUGAAAUCUGUAUUUUUGUAUAUGGAUGACUAAAAACAUAUGGUGGGCCUUAUGCGUACAAACACAGUAUCACCACCCUUCCCACACACAGAACAUAUCUUUAACAUUGCUCCCCAUAACGUAAGAGUGAUUUUGCUAUUAUAUAACGCCCUGGUGCGUCAUGUAUGAUUGUGGUGGUGGGAUGCUUCAUGGAUUGUCUGUUUCACGACCCCCAGAUUUUUUUCUGUUUUGUUACUGUAGAAAAGGUUAAUAAAAAAUUGUCUGCACUGUGUCAGUGUGCCACACGUAAUCUUCAGAAUUUUGAUCUUUACUACCCUGGAAUUAAUUUUUAUUUUGCACUGUAUUUUUUUUGUUGUUGUUGCAUUUUUUCCCCGCAUUUUUCACUUCUACGUACUGAAAUGUUCCUUUAUGAAAAGCAGGUGGCAUUACAAUGAGUAGCGCUGUUUAUGUGAUGAACUGAACCGUGGCGUUAUAUAAUACCAAAACCUUUUCUAAAUCAUAUACAUCAUAUGUGAAUAGAGAAGUGCAUAUUCAGAACUUUCUUCAAAAUACCAGCAUUUACUUCGUGAUUUUUCAUGUGGUACAAUAAUGUGCAUGUUGGGGUGUGUAUGUGUGCUGUAAUAUAAAAUUAUGUAUGAGGUAACAUUUGCUUUUCACUUUGAGUUUUAGAGAUUUCAUCCCAAUUUUCUUCAGUAGUUUGCCGUUAACAUAUUUACGCUGUGAUGUUCUGACUACUUCCUUUGUUAAAUUUCACAGUUGUGGUUAUGGUGGUAGAUUUUCUUAACAUUGUGUCUACCAUAAAUGCUUUGGCCUUUAAA